AUGGCCGCGGGCAAAACACUGCUUGUCAUCGGCUCCGGCCCGGGCAUCGGCCGCUCUGUAGCCACGCUGUUUGCGUCCAAGCGGUAUAGCAACGUCGUCCUCGUCGCCCGGCGCGACGAGUCGCUGGCGGCCGAGCGAGCUGCCGUUGAGCAGGCCGUCGGCUCGCAUGUCACGGUGAAAACCUACGCCGUGGACGUCACCGACUCCGCGGCCCUGCUCAAAGCGCUCGACGACGCAGACGCGGCCGUUGGCAAGCCCGAGUGUGUUUUCUUCAACGCGGCCCGGGUCCUUCCCUCAGCCUUCUUCGAACACGACGUCAAGGAGAUCGAGUAUGAUCUCAAGAUCACCGUCUCGGCGCUGUAUGUCAUCGCCCAGCGGUACGUCCCGCAUCUGGUCGCGCUGGCCAAGGCCGACCCGUCCGCCAAGCCGGCCCUCAUCGUCACCAGCUCGGCUCUGCCGCAGCACCCUAUCCCACAGCUGUUUGCGCUGUCCCUGGUCAAAGCCGCCCAGCGGAACCUGGUCCAGAGCCUCAACCUGGCGUAUGGGCCCGAGGGCGUGCAUAUCGGCGUCAUCAAUGUGGCGGGCCCCGUCUCGCCUGACGAGCUGGAGCGCAACCCUGCCAACAUUGCCGCCAAGACAUGGGAGUGGGCCGAGGCCGGCAAGGAGUUCGAGGUUGUUAUUUAA